ACGAUUGCUCUAACCGCAUGUCUGCAUCAUUUAAAAAAAAUACGGGACAGUAAACCAACUUGCCGGUAUUUGGUAAACCUUCCGACGGCAUUCUUAAAUGUUUGCCAUAGUCGCAGUAACAAAUUUUCCGACACUCGCGUGCCGCCAUUGGUUGCAGGUCGUUUGACGGCACGAAUUUUUGUUUAAUAACAAAUCAAAUUUUAGUUUGUGUUUGAUUUUCAUCGAGUUUACUUCUGUCCUACCUCUACUCAACUUGCGCGUGAUAUAGAAUAAGUGAAAUGCUGCUCCGUCUUGCCACAAGGAACUCCCUAUAUGCCAAAACGAAGUAUAAGUUCAAACCGAAGUUCUACUCGACACAGGUGGAAUACAGGCCAAUCCGAAGCAUCCUAGUCGCGAAUCGUGGUGAAAUCGCAGUCAGAGUAUUUCGCGCCUGCAAUGAGCUGGGAAUUAAAUCCGUCGCUAUCUACUCGAAGGAGGAUAGGGCGCAUAUUCACAGACUUAAGGCCGACGAGAGUUACCUGGUCGGAGAAGGGCUAGCGCCCGUACAGGCCUACCUCAGCAUUCCGGACAUCAUUCAGAUAUGCAAGGAUCACCAUAUUGACGCGGUGCAUCCCGGGUAUGGAUUCCUUUCGGAGAGGCACGAUUUCGCCCAGGCGAUCGUCGAUGCCGGACUACGAUUCAUCGGGCCCAGUCCGAAAGUCGUGCAGCAAAUGGGGGACAAGGUGGCCGCGCGAGAGGCCGCAAUAGCCGCAGGUGUUGCGGUUGUGCCGGGUACUGAUGGGCCUGUAACCACGAAGGAGGAGGCGAAAGAGUUUUGUAUUAAACACGGACUGCCCGUUAUAUUUAAGGCGGCGUACGGUGGUGGAGGUAGGGGCAUGCGUGUCGUCCGCAAGAUGGAGGAAGUCGAAGAGAAUUUCGAACGGGCCUCGUCGGAAGCAAAAAGCGCAUUCGGAAAUGGAGCAAUGUUCAUUGAGAAAUUCAUUGAGCGACCUAGACAUAUUGAAGUGCAACUUUUAGGUGAUAAGGCCGGGAACGUCGUCCAUCUGUACGAGCGCGACUGCUCCGUGCAGCGCCGCCAUCAGAAGGUGGUGGAAAUUGCACCCGCCCCCAAACUCGAUAUUAAAAUUCGCGAUAAGAUGACCGAGGCAGCUGUCAAACUCGCAAAGUAUGUCGGAUACGAAAACGCGGGUACCGUCGAGUUUCUGUGCGAUGACACCGGCAACUUCUACUUCAUCGAAGUAAACGCGAGAUUGCAGGUGGAGCACACCGUAACAGAAGAAAUAACGGGAGUCGAUUUGGUACAAUCUCAGAUUCGAAUCGCCGAAGGUAUGACGUUACCAGAGCUCGGAUUGGCUCAGGACAAAAUUCAUCCAAAUGGGUUCGCUCUGCAAUGUCGUGUUACCACAGAAGAUCCGGCGAAAAGUUUCCAGCCGGAUACCGGACGCAUCGAAGUGUUCAGAUCGGGCGAAGGCAUGGGCAUACGCUUGGACGGCGCGUCCGCGUUCGCCGGGGCCAUCAUUUCUCCGUUUUACGACUCGUUACUCGUCAAAGUCAUCGCGCACUCGAAGGACUUGCAGUCGUCGUGCGCGAAAAUGAAUCGCGCCCUGAGGGAGUUUAGAGUAAGAGGAGUAAAGACAAACAUUCCAUUUUUGCUUAACGUGUUGGAAAAUCAAAAAUUUUUAAAUGGUGCAGUAGACACGUAUUUUAUCGACGAAAAUCCGGAUUUAUUUAAAUUUACACCCACUCAGAACAGGGCCCAAAAAUUGCUCAAUUAUUUAGGGGAGGUCUUAGUUAACGGACCUUCGACGCCUUUGGCCACCAAGUUGUUGCCUGCCGAAGUCAAACCGCACGUCCCACCAGUUUCGACGGAGUACCUGUGCGUUGGCCCGGAGGAAUCUCAAAGUGUUCAACCGCCGAAAGGUUUUCGGGAAAUUUACAAAGAGCAGGGCGCGGAGGCGUUCGCGAAGGCCGUGCGCAACCACAAAUCCCUGUUGCUGAUGGACACGACGUUCAGAGACGCGCAUCAGUCGCUUCUCGCGACCAGGAUUCGUACGCACGAUUUGCUCAAAAUAUCGCCGUUUGUGGCUCACAAUUUUAACAAGCUGUACUCGUUGGAAAAUUGGGGAGGCGCAACGUUCGACGUGGCGCUGCGGUUCUUGCACGAGUGUCCGUGGGAGCGACUCGAAGAGAUGCGCAAAAUGAUUCCGAACAUUCCCUUCCAAAUGUUACUUCGAGGUGCCAACGCGGUCGGUUAUACGAACUAUCCCGAUAAUGUCGUGUUCAAAUUUUGUGAAAUGGCGGUGCAAACUGGAAUGGAUGUCUUUAGGGUGUUCGAUUCGCUCAACUAUCUUCCAAACUUAAUAGUGGGGAUGGAGGCGGCCGGUAACGCGGGCGGAAUUGUGGAGGGUGCCAUUUCGUACUCCGGCGACGUUAGUAACCCUAAGAAGACUAAGUACAAUUUGAAGUACUACUUGGAUAUCGCAGACGAAUUGGUUAAGGCGGGCACUCACGUCCUUGGUAUUAAAGACAUGGCGGGACUUUUGAAACCGUCAGCUGCAAGGUUAUUAGUAACGGCUCUGCGAGAUAAAUAUCCAGAUCUACCAAUCCACAUUCACACUCACGACACUAGCGGCGCUGGUGUCGCGUCAAUGUUAGCCUGUGCCGAAGCAGGAGCCGACGUUGUCGAUGUUGCAGUUGACUCAAUGUCGGGCAUGACCAGCCAGCCAAGCAUGGGCGCAAUUGUGGCCAGUUUGCAAGGCACGCCAUUGGAUACCGGUUUUACGCUGCCUGUCAUUUCUGAAUAUUCUGCGUAUUGGGAGCAAACGCGAACAUUGUAUGCGCCCUUCGAAUGCACCACGACAAUGAAAUCUGGCAACGCCGACGUGUAUCAAAACGAAAUCCCCGGCGGGCAAUACACCAACCUUCAAUUCCAGGCUUACUCAUUAGGCUUGGGCGAGUUCUUCGAGGAUGUUAAGAAAGCGUACGCGGAAGCAAACAUGCUAUUGGGCGACAUUAUUAAGGUAACGCCCUCCUCAAAAGUCGUAGGCGACUUGGCCCAGUUCAUGGUGCAAAACAAGCUAUCGGCGAAGGACGUACAGGACAAAGCCGAAGAACUCUCCUUACCGAAGUCUGUAAUCGAAUACCUUCAGGGACAUAUCGGGCAACCCUACGGCGGCUUCCCGGAGCCGUUCAGGUCGAAAGUUCUCAGAGACAUGCCACGCAUCGACACCCGACCCGGAGCAACGUUACCUCCCUUCGAUUUUACCAAGUUGAAAACCGACCUCCAAGAGAACUUCCCCGGCAUACGCGAUCACGACGUAAUGUCAGCGGCGUUGUAUCCUCAGGUGACGAAGGAUUACCUAAAUUUCCGUGACCGAUUUGGACCGGUCGACAAGUUAGACACAAGAAUAUUCCUGACCGGUCCGAAAGUCGGAGAAGAAUUCGAAGUGUCGAUCGAGAAGGGGAAAACAUUGGGAAUAAAAACCCUAGCGAUGGCGGAAGAUUUAACCGAGAGCGGCGAGCGCGAGGUCUUCUUCGAGCUGAACGGAACUCUUCGAUCUGUUUUCGUCAGAGACAAGGAGGCGAGCAAGGAGAUUAUCGUUCAUCCGAAGGCGGUUAAAGGCGAUAGUAAACAGGUGGGCGCCCCGAUGCCCGGAACAGUCAUCGAUAUACGCGUUAAGGCCGGGGACAAAAUCGAAAAGGGAACUCCUUUAGUGAUUCUGUCAGCGAUGAAGAUGGAAACGGUAGUGCAGAGCCCGGUUGCCGGAGUAAUCAAAGAGAUUAAAAUAGGGAUGGAUAUGAAACUUGAAGCUGAAGAUUUGUUAGUUGUUUUGGAGUAGAUUUUUAA